AUGGACCAAGAUUUUGCACAUUCGACCUGCAUUCAGCUGGUGGGAGUUGACCUGGGCUGCUCGUUUGAGAUUCUGCCAAAGAGGGAGCUUCUCGGAGACGACCUGCUGGAUGACCUGCAGAAAAGGAAAGGCCCUAGCAAGGCUGAUGAGGAGGCAAGCGUACUGUCCUUCGCAACGUCCAGUUGGGCUGCCGGGAGUGGCGUGGACUCCGAAAGCUCCGGUGGCACUCAUUCUGGUGGCGUCAAGCACACGAAGAGCGACAAAAGCGACACAGGCAAGGGCGCAGAAGUCGCAGCAGCGUCCGAUUCGCCUAAGCCGAAGAAGAAGGCCAAAGCAAAGCCGAAAGCAAAGACAACUUCGGCUGAGGCAAUGAAGGCCAUCCUCGUCUUUGAGACGCCGAAGGGCAAGCGCAUGACUUUAUCUCUCCCGAGUAGACCACCUGGCUUUUCCAUUCGUUUUCCACCGAUGGAUGUGGUACGGGUGGUGGGCCCACCCGCCUCGGAUCUGGGCAUUCAGGUUGGCUGGAAGCUAGUCGCCUGGGGAGUGAAUGAAGACGAGCUGCACUCCAAGUCGACGAUUUCAAAAAGCAGUGACCUCCGCGACAGCUUCACGGAUUUGAUCAAGAGCCUGCCGCGUCUCGAAGCGCCAUCAGGAGGUACACCGAAAUCCGCCGAUGCCUCUCUCAGCGUCAAGGCCGUCGCCAGCGAAAAGAGUGUCAAGGCUGUCGCCAGCGACAAGGCAGCAGACGAGCCCUCGCCAGCGAUGAAGCCUGGACGAUGGGUCUACGAGCUGGAUGUGACCGUGGAGCGGGCGAGUAGUCUGCGUGACGCAGACUGGGCCCCUGGUGGGGGAUCUUCCGACCCCUACUGUGUUGUGACAGUGCAGGGCAAGGGAAAGUCCACGUUCAAGACGAAGGUCGUGAACAACAAUCGGGAUCCAGUGUGGAACCACAAUGCCAAGAUCAGUGACAUGCAUGAUGGUGACCUAUUGUUUUUCGAGAUUUUUGAUCACGACGUGGUCGGAAAGCACGACUCCCUUGGCUUCGCCUCCAUAGGUUGGGAGGAGCUCCAGGAGGAUGGGCCCUUGAGCUUCAAGCUUCCGCUGGAAAGCAGCGGCAAGGCGAAGGCCAGCAAGAACUCGAGCAUCUCCGUCAAAGUGGUCAUGGCCAAACGAAAGCUGGAGAUGGGCCAGUCCCUGGCGACAAACCUGGACGGCCUGUUCAAGUUGUACGUCAACAUCAUCUCAGCCAGGAAUCUACGGAACGCCGACCACUUUAUGGGCGGCGGCAGUUCGGAUCCCUACUGCAAGAUGUUUGUCAAAGGGACCGGCACGACAAAGUACACGACAAGGACGAUCAACGACAAGACGGACCCGGAGUGGGAUGAGCAAUGUGUGGUUCCAGAUUUCCACAAAGACGACAUGCUCGUGCAGCUGGGCCAGCAAUGA